CCUAAAAGUUCAAAAGAUUCCUAAAUGCCUCAUACUCAAAUAUUCAAGAAUUUAAACCUCCCAUACACCGACAACAUUACAGAACUAACACAGCCCUGUGACCUUUGCAACCUCCAGUACCCUCAUCCCAAAAGCUGCUGCCUGUGGCUGCGGCGCAGUGCUCCUCCAUAGCCGCCCCGCGCACACUGUUGGCUCUUGACAGAGCCGCCAAGGUGUGCUGUGCUUGUGCUGUGCUUGUGCUUCGCCCGCUGGACGUUCCUCGCCAAUCGGCUUCAUGCCAAGGGCCACGAAAGAAACAACGCGGACAGGACGGAUUAAUACAAUACUGUAGGUAGUGCAGGCGAGCGUGGCUGGCUUUGAGCGCCAUUCUCCCAUUCUCCCAUUCUCCCAUUCUUCCAUUGACAUUUGACAUCCUUCUAGAAGAUUGCGGGUUCUCUCAUUUGAGCUUAUCUUGACAUCUUCCAACAUCUCAGCGUACUACGGACAGUGAAUAGAUCGUGUCGAUUGGAUACCGUGGAUUUCGUUACGGGAUUGAAGCUUAGAAGAAAGACAUCGCGCCACAAUACCACGGCAAUCUCCCACGAUCCCUAUCGUCUAGCUUUCUCCUUCAUCGGGAUCCAUUACUAGGUACGGGAGAAGCAAAUCAUGGCCCACGCGCCGCCCUCCUAUGAAGCAGCCGCCUACCGUCAACUCUGGAUCAUCGUUGCGCCUUACGUACACAGCUACGAUCUGUACAGGGCGUGUCUGGUAUGCCGGCAGUGGCAUCAACUGUUUGCGCCGUUUCUGUGGGGAGAUCCGGCGAGGAAGUUUGGAUUUGAUGAUGAUAACAUUUAUUUAAAUCUCACCCGUUUUAAACGCCUCCUCACACGAGCCCGACUCGACGUCAGAAGACUCGCGCACACUCUUCAUAUUCCACCGGCCCAGCCAGAAUUCUACGAUGGACCUCAAGCAGGCUGGCUACGUGACAUCCUCGAUAGAUUGCCAUGUCUUCAAGCUUUGAUCGUAUCGAACCUCUCAUUUUUCGAUCACUCAUCUCUCCAGGGCAUUCAUCAGCGCCGGCAGUCCAUCACCACUUAUCCACUCAAGCUCCUGAUCGCAUCAAAUUGUGAGAACACCACAGCUUCAAGCCUGACUACCGCACUACUCCACUUCCCAGAACUGGUUUACCUGGAUCUAUCAGCUGCCCAAGGAGCAAGAAGUCCGUACGUCCUACGUCAGAUUGGAACCUUGACCGAGCUACGAGUUUUGAAGUUGAGGAAUUGCGGGCUAAAAGACGAUGAUAUCGACCAUCUGAAUUUCUCAGGCCUCCGCAGUCUGGAUGUCAGCUGUAACCUUCUCACCGAGCGAGGACUAGCAAAGCUUUUUGCAAAAUUACCUACAACACCGCCUUCAAGCGGCAAUCUAUCCCCAUUCGCUCGACGGUAUUCAGGUAUCCCAUUGCCGACACGUGUUGUAGCCGAAGGACUGGACAGAUUUAUCGUCAAGCGUUUGACAAGUGGAAUAGAUGGCUAUCUCGGAGUUGAAGAGGGCCUCCCGCCGGCAUUCUCUCAUUUGGAUGUUGCGUCAAACUACUUCACUGUGGAUGUCCUCGCCCACCUCGCCGGCCAUCACGAUCUUCAACAUCUUGACUGCGGCGCUCUGAAUCUCAGCCAGAAGCCAAAUGGAGGUCGAUCUCCACAUUCUCCUGGAGCUCUAGUCAGGCGGUUCUCCGACCUACCGGAAGUGGAGAUCCUCAGCUCGGGGAUAUAUAAACAUACUUUUCGUGAUUUGAGGUACUUACGGAUUCAUCACUCUCUUAUUACUGCCCAGCCGUUCUCUGGGAUAGAAGCAUCUGUCGAGGAUCGAUAUUUUGAGCUUCAUAAUGAAGAUCUAAGAUAUGAAUUGGAUUCAAUGGAGGUGGGACGUCCAGGCGUUUUUGAGCUAGACGAUACAAGCAUCAUUCCUCCCGAGCCCGAAGGGCCAGUGGUUCAUUCCAGUUUCGAGUCGCCAGAUGAUGUGGGUGCUCAGGUACGUACUGCGCAAUCCGAUUCGCCGCAGAAUGGUUCAAGCACGACGAAUAGUCGGGAAGCCAGACCAGUGGAGCCAACACCAGAAGUUCGGGUAACAUUUGCACCAGUCGAUGAAGGAACUAAGUCAUCACAUCCCAUUCCUAUUCGAACAAAGGAGACUUUCCCAACCGCAGAUGAACCUCCAAGGUUCGAUUCAUCUGAUGACAUGGAGUCACAGAUAAAAACCAUAAUGCCAGAUGAGAUGAAGACUCUAGGAACUUGCUGGGCAAUGAGAAAUACUGACAAAGGACGACCAACCCCCCGAACUACACCGUCGCCCAUUUCGGUUUCUCCAGAAGAUCCACAGCCACCCAAACUCCCGCCGCGACCGCCCAAAUCAGCACCUAACGGCCCAGAAAGAUACCAAUAUACUUACAGAUGCGGCACUGCCCAAAUUCCCCAGAAGUCCAAAGAUAAGAAUAUCCGACAGCUUCUUGACGACUCUACCCAACGGCUUCAGAACCUUACAACUCGCGAGCGCCACCCAGGCCGUUUCAAACCCUCCCUCCUCCCCAAUCUCAAAUCUCUAACAUUGACCUCCAUCCCCUCAACCACCUACCGACACUCCAUCCCCGAUACUCUAGCUCUCUUUAUCCGCGAGCUCGCUGAAGAAGAAGAACUUGCUCGACUCCAAGAAAUUGCAAAAUACCAAUCCAUAAACCAACCUCCACCCCAACGUUCCCCAACCAGCACAUUAAAGCUGAAAUGUCUCAUCCUAGAAAUGACGAGCCAGCCUGACACAAUUUUACCGCAUCGUACCAACUCGCCAUUAGCACUAGGCCGAACUCAUUCAAAUAGCCGAAGUAAACGAGCCAGUUUCAGCAGCAACCACUAUACGAAAUCCUCCACUGAAGAUCCAGAUAGCGAAUCAUUCAUGAACAGCAUCUCAUCCGAUUUCUCGUUCUUCAGCGAAGAUGAUGGCGGCUUACUGGUUAGUGAGGGCAGAAUCGACAGUCCGAAUCCAGGGAGGGGAGAGUUUGGAUUUGAUGUCGGAGGGGACGAAAGGGAGGUGGAUGUUGUGAUGGAACUUUCUGCUUUUAGAAGGGCGAGGAAGAGAGAGUUUGAGGAGGCGACGGAGAAGGGCGUUUGGGGUAUUGAACAGGUUCUUGGGGGUUUUUGGAGGGGUGAGGUUAAGGUGGUGAGGGAGAGCGUUGGGGGUGGUAGUUGAGUUGAGCGGCUCUGAUGCACUGCAUGAUCCUUCUCUAUCUUUCUCAUGCGCCGGGUCUUCAUUUCUCUCAGAUCAUUUGUCAACAAUCGAGUGUGAAUUAGCGAAGUUAGUCAAGUUAUGAUACCAUGUUGAAUAUUCAUAUUUCCGCC